UGUGACUUAUCGUGUCAAAGUAAUAUUCAAUGGGUGAGGUUUCUUGUUUACUAUCACAAUUAUUUCAUUGAAAAAUUGGUUGUUGCAUUGUUUAAGUUCAUUUUCUUCGGAUUUAAAGGUCAAUAUUCCAGCAUGUUUGUUACCUCAUGAACUUUGAUUAGUUUGGACGACUUUAGAAAGUGAAGGGUUAAAAACUGAAAAGAAAACUGGCGCUGUUAGAUCAUACUUCUAGCGCCGCCACCUGUAGCGCACGUCAUCGCUACACACCAGCGUGAUCAUCAUCAGUCACGCCGCUCGCGUAUUGCAGAUCUGCAGCCUCCAUUGCAGCGAUGACCUACAGAAAGACAUAUUCUUACUUCCUGACGCACUCACUCUUUUUCUAUGUCAUGCGCCACACUGUUGAGGCUGGAGAAUCCAUUGGUGCUCCGAAGGACGCAGAUCCGUCAAAUUUAACCUCAAGUUAUUCCCUGCCAUACUCAGAGUGCGGAGGCGAGCUAUCAGUGGCCGAGGACUCGUCUGGGACGCUCGCCUCGCCAGGCUACCCCGAGCAGUACACGCAUGGGCUGCUCUGCGUCUGGACAAUCAAGGCCCCGGCUGGCAUGAGAGCGAGGAUCUACAUCGAAGAUUUGGACCUCACAAGCACACCGACCUGCGAGCAGGACUACCUGCUCGUGGACGUGCGAGGGAAGAACUCGAGCAGCAACGACGUUGAGCGUCUCUGUGGAGACGUAGAAGACGUGCCGAGAGAGUACGUUAGCGACGACAACGUUAUGGUACUGACGCUACGAACGUCGCAGGCUGGCGAGACGUGCAGAGGCUUCAAAGUGACGUACGACGCUCAACACGUGGUGGUCGGGUGUGGGGAGUCGGUAUCUCGACGUCAGUUUGUUAUAGAGAGUCCUGGGUAUCCAGGAUACCUGGCUAAUGAAUCCCUGGAGUGUCAUCUCACCGUCACCCACGCUUGUGACUCAUCGGAACCUUCCUCUGAAGUGUGUCAGCUCAGGUUGGACUUCGAGAGCCUGACGCUGCAGCCACCUGAGCUUGGGGAGUGCAGGCUGGACAAACUCCACGUGCAGGGGCAAAGCUUCACACCGCCUCUGUGUGGGGUCAAUUCUGGACAACAUCUUUACGUGGACGUCUCUGGCCGAUCGAGCACCGAAAUCCUGUUGAUGACGGCGCCGCUACUGCCGCGCCCCGUGGGACGCAGGCGUGACAACAUUACCGGGGCGGACAUCGGAGUAGAUCGGUGGGAGUACGAGGUUGAAAAUAAUCGUCAGUGGAGAAUCCGAGUGGCUCAAAUUCCCUGCUCGUGUGAAGCAGUUACUCCUGGAAAGCCAAGAGCACCAGACGGAUGUUCCCAAUACUACACGCAAGUGACUGACGUUGUGCGCAGUUUCAACUUUGACGGGAAAAAGCGCGACCUGGAGCCAUGUUGGAACGGCACUGAAGAGGAGUGUGGACGACAAGUGUGGACAGGUCACUUGAACCACGUGCACCACACGAUUUGCAUCGCACGCCAGCCUGGCUACUGUGGUGUGAUGUACGCGCCUACCGACGCUGAUGCCUUUCUCAUGACCGGACACGCCCACGCCGCCGCUGGCUUCAAUCGAAAAAAUCUGUAUGGAUCAUCACAAUGUCAAAGCGACUACGUUGUCAUUCCCAAAGGCCGGACUCCCGGCGACGAAGACUCGUGUCCACAUGACAGGUUUUGCGGACUGCAGUUCGGCAAUCGGCUUCUAGGACCGGUAGUCAGUUACUCGCUGCCAUUUAUGUUGACUGUACACACGGACGAAGACGAGUUCAGCCACAGCGUGGACACCAACAACCGAGGCUUCGAGUUGCGCUACACGCAGCUGCCUUGUGCCGGCCCUAACAUGGGUUGAACAUCGCCAGUAUCCGUACAAACACAAACCUCCUCAACCAUUAUCGACCAUAAAUCUGUUUGGAAAAAUGCAUUAUAUCAGUACUAAUUGGCUUUAUAUAUGAAUUAACUCGAUAUAUGUCUUUGAUUAACUCAUGUAGUGCGCAGUACAGC